AUGUUGGAUUCUUGUUGCCCACUAAUAUAUUGGAUGUUGGAUUCAUUCUUGGUGUCCACUAAUAUAUUAGACGUUGGGUUUGUUCUUGGUGCUAAUAAUACAUUGGAUGUUGGAUUCAUUCUUG